AUGUCCUCCCAACCACCACCACAACCAUCACCACCCACUACCACCACCACAUCCCCAGACCCAGCCGCCUCAUCCACCCCCCCAUCACAACCACAACAACCCCCCGGCUACCUCACCAACGACCCCAAACGCACAGGCUACGACCCCUCCUUAGCCUGGUACUUCAACUACUUCCGCAUCCUCACCGGCCGCGUCACCCGCGAAGGCAUCGAGCACUACCGCGAAGACCGCUACAAAGCCAACGAAGCCCGCGACUGCGCCCGCUGCGAAGCAGACCGCGACUGGCUCUUCCAGCACUCCCCCGUCGUCCGCUACCUCCGCGAAAAAGCUGCCGCCCUCAACGGCGACCUCGGCCCUCACAACGUCGUCUGCCGUCGCUGCCCGGGGAGAAUAGCCGAAGAUGGCACCGUGGUCCGUCAGACGGGAGGUUUCAGCCCAGAUCACGGAAUCCUCCUGUGCGCAAAUGAGUUCAGAGACAGGAGUCAUCUGGAGGACACACUGGCGCAUGAGAUGGUGCAUGCGUGGGAUCAUCUCAGGUGGAAGGUGGAUUGGAUGGGGGGUAUGGAUUUGAAGCACGCGGCUUGUACAGAGGUUCGUCUCCCCCGCUGUUUUGCCCCCUUCUUCUCUCGGGUACUUAAUGACACUGACACACUAAAAAAACAGAUCAGAGCCUCCAUGCUCAGCGGUGAAUGCCGCUGGACGCGAGAAACCAUAACCCGAGGAAACUGGACCCUCACCCAACAAUUCCAAAACUGCGUCCGGAUGCGAGCCAUCCAAUCCGUCAUGAACAGACCAACGUGUAAAGACGACGUCCAAGCCACCAAAGUCGUCAACCAAGUCUGGGACUCUUGUUUCAACGACAAGAGACCAUUUGAAGAAAUCUACAGGUAA